GGGGGCUCGCGAUGAAUGGGAUCCACGCUACAAGCUUCGGCUAACGUGCUAAGUUUCCGUCAACCGUUGAUGCUGCUGUUACCUCAAUUAACGGUUGGUCCAUCACUACUACUACUACUACCGACGUUAGCUCCCUGGUGGCUACACCCACCCGUGUGUGUUUCCUCCGAAGAAUGUGCUUCCUCCAGCGGUAAGCCAAACCUCAACGACGUCAUCCUGAUCAACUUAGCCUAUGUUUCUGAUGUGGACAUAAUAAAUGACCGCACUGAGACUCCACCCCCACUAGCAUCACUGAAUGUUAGCAAGCUUGCCAAUCGAGCACGGACAGAAAAGGAGGACAAGCUGUCCCAAGCCUAUGCAAUCAGUGCUGGGGUUUCUGUGGAGGGCCAACAGCUAUUCCAGACUAUUCACAAAACCAUCAAAGACUGUAAAUGGCAGGAGAAGAACAUUAUUGUGAUGGACGACGUCGUAAUCUCGCCGCCUUACCAGGUUGAGAACUGCAAAGGCAAAGAGGGGAGCGCGUUAAGCCAUGUACGGAAAAUAGUCGAGAAACAUUUUAGAGACGUGGAAAGUCAGAAGUCCAUGCAGCGUUCACAAGCACAGCAAACACAGAAGGACUCCACUUUAUCUUCUUGAGUUGGCAGUGUGGGUCGGCCGGGGAAGGCGACGCGGGUGGUUCUGUUCCCACUGCCAGACUAAGUCGGCAUUCCUUGUCCUCAGUCUGAGACCACAAGGAGGAGCGCUGAGGGCCCUGGAUCCAGAAGAUCAAAAUACAAUUUAAAUGAAAAAGACAAAAAAGAAAGAGGAAAGAUUAAAUCUUAAAUUAGACUUUAUAAAGAAUAAUUUAAACAUGAACCAUAAAGCAACCAUAGUUUCCUUAACUAACUUGUCUCAUUCUGCCCCCACUCCUCCCCCCUGUCCCUGAAACCUUUUUCUUUUUCCGCCCUCCUUCCUUUUGCCUUCAGUUCCAUUUCAAAAAGAGAAAACUAGAGCAGUCAGAAAGGCUUGUUAGCUUUAUUUUCUGUCAUUGGUCCCUUUUUUGCUGUAUCCAUGUUCUACUGUCUGUAUUUUCUGUAUUUUAAACUAAAUGUGACUUGAAAUGCCACACUUUAAAGGACAUUUUCUAAAAUAAAAGUAACAAAAAUUC